AUGAAAGGCGAGCAUACUGAGCUGAAACUAGCUAAUGAGACUGAAGUUAAGCUGACACCGUCUGAGGUUACUAAGGAUAAGCUGAGUGAGCUAAGUGACACUGAAAAAGGAAAUGGUUUAGAUGCUGGGCUGAUUCGUGGUGAAGGCGCGGAUCGCGUUGUAGUCGGGAGAAGCGACGUGAGCGUUAGUGGUUCUGAAACGUCUAGCCAAGCCUCGAGACCUUUGAGGCGAGUUCGCCGGGGGGCUCCUUUCGACCAGAUAGACUGCCGUCCCACGAUCUAUCAUCCUGGUGGGAUCUUCGAGGAACUCUCUCCACUCCCGCCUGAAUUACUUCGUGAUCCGCGGGCUCAGUCGAGGGGGAAUGUUUUCGAUUCUUGCUCCUCUCACAGGACGGUGAAGGACUUGUUGAGGCGAAAUGGAGGCGCCGGCGUUACAUACAUCAUUCCUUCUAAUGGGCAACGUCCUUGGUCGCCUCCAAUUGGCUACCAGUGUGUCUACGAAUCCAAUUUUGGAGACCAUACGAAACUCUGGUUUAUGAUUCCCCGACUGAUCAUGUCUUACGCAUUUCGUCGAGACAUUGCAAUCUGUCAGUUGCUUAAUGGGUCGCUGCGCAUUGCGGUUAUGCUGAUGGUGAUGGCAGCGGAGAGAGACGUUUCGAUGAGUGUGAGAGUGUUCGAAGAGUUAACUUUCACGAAGGCGGAGACGCAUGGAAUAUUCUCAGUGAAGAUGCGUUCUAGCUACAACGUCUUGGCUGGGCAUCCGAACAAGACGAAAGACUGGCGGCACUCAUAUUUUUAUAUCAAGUCCAACGAAUAUGCCUUCUCGGAGCCUCCUGGGGACGACUAUCGCGUGCUAUGGAAUAAAACGCUUGUUUUCCACCCGAAUACAAUCGCAUACCCGGAGAAAUUCUUCGAGAGUGCCCAGGCGAUCGCGGCUCACAGCCAUCUCCGUUGGCCUGAUCUUAGUCGAGAGUGGAUAAGGCGUCAAGAAGCUCGGAUUGCUAGAGUUGAUUGGGAGUCGAGACUUCCUGUUGUACUCGGGCCCCGUAAGUUGCGCAUGUCCCUUUUUACUCGGAAACAUCAGAAGCUUCUAGACGAAGCUAGAAAGAUGGACGGAGUUCCGGACCUGAGCGCAUUAUUGAAGGGGAAGCUGCAAUUGCUUUCGAAGAAGUCAACUCCCGCUAAUGUGCAAGGAUCGACUAGUUCUGACGGUGGAGGAGCUUCUAAGGAGAGAGCACUUGCAAGGAAGAAAAAAGGAGGAAGGAAGAGGCCUUACGAAGGGAUUACUUCCUCUGUUGAUCAAGAAGAGGCGCCGGCAGUAGGGCGAGAAGGCGCUACAGAGGAUCUCGUCGAGACAGACCCGUCCGAGGCGGUGCCUGAGGAUCGUCCCAGAAAGAAGAAGAAGAAGAAGUCUAUCGAAGCGGAGCCGGUGACCCUGGUCGAUGUCGCCACGAGAGGUGGUGUUUCUCCUGAAACCCCCCUGAAGAAGAAGAGAAAGGUCUCAACGCGAGGGAGUGGUUCUGGGAGUGAUCCUGCUGCGAGCGAGAGGUCUGCUCCUGAUCCGUCUGCGGGAAAAGGCUCUCGUUCUGAAGGUUCUAUUUUGAAGAGGGGGAGAAUCGAGUUCCCCGACCGCGUCCAGUUUUCUUAUGAUGAGGCAACUCCCCUGAUCAUUAAUCCCCUUAGAUGCGCGGAACUGACGCGCCAAAUUCGUGGUGGGACGAAAGAGAUGCCACAACUGGAAGAUCUUUACUUCAAGAAUGAAUACAUUGACGCUGCUUCUUUGAUAGCGCGGAGUGACGGGAGCAUGAACUUCCUUGUCGAGAAGUACAACAGUGCUCUGAAGCAGACGAUGAUCCAGUUGGGAUCUUCAGAGAAACUUGCUCAGGCGAGGUUGAAGGCCAUCGAGAGAGUAAGGGCGGAGCAUAAGAAGGCUAACGAGAAGGAUACGAAGGAGAAAGAAAUUCUUCGAGUGAAGUUCGAAGAGCUGGAGGGUAAGCUCAAAUCCUCCAGGGCGGAGAAGAAAGAGCUUACCCGAGAGAACACUCGAUUGGAGCAAGCGGCUGCGACCCUUGAGAAGGAGAAGACUGAGCUACUCGAAGUAAGGGACGCUGCAGUGUAG